GAAACGAAUGGAAAGUUAAAAGCCCCUUCACGUAAACCCUUAUAGUCACCUCGUAAAAGAAAGAAAAUAUCAAAAUCCUAAAAAGAAAUUCAAUUGUAAAAAAAAAAGAGAGGUAGGAUCUAUUAUGGACAAGAACAUGUUAGCAGCACUCGAGGGUCUCCCUGAAGAAGAUAAGGCCCGAAUGUCCGCCAUGAUCGACCACCUUCAGCUUCGUGACAGUUUGAGAAUGUACAAUUCACUCGUCGAGAGAUGCUUCACCGACUGCAUCGACAACUUCACUCGCAAGACGUUGCAGAAGCAAGAGGAAACCUGUGUGACACGAUGCGCUGAGAAGUUCUUGAAGCACUCGAUGCGCGUAGGCAUGAGGUUCGCGGAGCUUAAUUCGCAAGCACCAACGCAAGAUUGAAGGGUAAUAAUAAGAACUGCGAGAAGGGGC